AUGGAUGGCCGAGACUUCGCGCCGCCGCCGCCGCAUUUGCUAUCGGAGCGCGGGAGCCUGGGCCACCGCAGCGCCGCCGCCGCCGCUCGCCUCGCCCCCGCCGGCCCUACCGCGCAACCGGCCGCGCAUUUCCAGCCCGGAAAGUACUUCCCGUCGCCGCUGCCGAUGGCUUCGCACACAGCCAGCAGCCGUCUGAUGGCCAACCCCCCAGCAUCCUCUUUCAUGGGCAGCUUCCUCACCAGCAGCCUGGGCUCAGCAGCGUCUGCACACCCCAGUGGCCCCACGUCCUCUCCCUCUGAGCCAGCCUACCGAGGAUCUCACCCUGCCACCUCUCAGAUCUGGUUCUCCCACUCCCACGAAGCUCCUGCGUACCCCAGAUUUUCGGGGAGUCUGGCAUCUACCUUCCUACCCGUGAGCCACUUGGAUCACCAUGGAAACAGCAAUGUUCUCUAUGGGCAACAUCGUUUCUAUGGAACCCAAAAAGAUAACUUCUACCUGCGCAACCUGCCCCCACAGCCUACGAUCCUACCUUCCAACCACAACUUCCCCGGAGUGCCCCGAGCCACCCCUGGCCAUCCCAUCGGAUCCUGCAGCCGGGACCGCAUUGAGGCUGCCUCACUGCAGAAGGGUUCUAAGGAGUUUGACCGCUUCCUUAUGGGCAAAGAGCUGGGUAAGGAGAAAGCUGGCAAGGUAGCAGAGGGCAGGGACCGGCCAGCAGUGGAGGAAGACGUCGGUAAAGAUCGACAGAAGCUGGUGCCACCCAUGCCCGCCGAGGGGCCCUGCAAGGAGACAGGUCCUGCACCCCGGGGAGCCUGUGAGGGACGCCCCAAACACCUCACCUCCUGUCUGCUCAACACCAAGGGACUCAAUGGAGACAUGGGCAAGGCCUCGCUGGCCAGUUGUGCAGGGGGCAUGCUGGGCAGGCCUGGAACGGGCGUGGCAGCACCGGGGCGCUGUGCCAAGGAGGUGGCAGGCUCUGUGGAGCCUGGGCCAGCCUUCAGCGAGUGCCUGGAGCGGCGGCAGAUGCUGCAUCACGCUGUGUCCUACACGGUACCCUCUGGCCUUCCUACUGGGCCACCCCCGCCCCUCAGCACAGGCCCAGCAGGCUCUUUCCCCUGCCUGCAGCUCCAUGCAGGUCCAGAUGGGCUCUGCCCCCUGCAGGACAAAGUCUCCCGGGACCUAAAGGCCAGCGGGCCCACCUUUGUGCCUUCUGUGGGACACCUGGCUGACAAGAGCCGCUCUUUCCAAGUAGCAGAGGCCUGUGCUGUGGCAAGUGAUAGCAAGGACAGGCACCUGGAUGGGGCCAUGGUCCCCGACCAUGGUGCACCCUAUGGAGUCUCCUAUGCCCACCUAAAGGCCGAGGGCAAGGGCGAACGGCGACCCGGGAGCUUUGAGGCAGCCCUCCACCCCCGGCUGAAAGGCCUGGAGUAUCUUAGUUCAGGCCCUGAGGCCCCCUUCCCUGGACUUCCCAAAGGCAGUCUGGACAAAAGUGGCUACUUUGAGUUGCCCACUUCACAGGACUGUGCCCGGUCCAAUCACCAAGACCCACUGGGUGGGAAGGCCACCCAGGCCUGCUGCACUUUAGACAAAGUGGCCAACAAAGAGGCCCCUGCUGGCCCUCCAGGGGGCCAGAAGGUAGCCAGGAUCCGGCAUCAGCAGCACUUGGUGGCUCCUGAAGUAGAAUCAGGAGGCAGCGGGGCUGAGACGAAACGCAAGUCCGUGGAGCUGGCUUCUCUGGGCUUUAGUGGGCACCAUAUGGCUCCGUGGGGUGUUCAGACAGGCCACGACACCUCCAUGGCCAUCAUCGAGGAACGAAAGGGCAGUGCUUACCUUGAUCCUUUCGGAAGUGGUCUACAGCAGGCAGCCCUCCUGUCCCAGGAGCUGCCUACUCCACCAGAUGAGGUCUCAGCCAUGAAGAACCUGCUUAAGUACAGCAACCAAGCCCUGGUUGUGGGCCAGAAGGCUCCAUUUGUGGGCCUGGGUGGCCUGAAAGCCAGCUGUGUCCAGCAGGAAGCCAAGUUUCCAGCCACUAAGGGUCCAGGCCCAGUGGAGAGACCCGACUGCGCCCGCAGCAGGGAGCAUGAGGCCCCACAUGGAGACGGGGAGGUGCGGCAGCCACCCGUGGGCAUCGCGGUGGCCUUAGCCCGGCAGAAGGACACAGUCAGCCGGCCCGAUACAGCCUACAACACCAACAGUGGGCGGCAGGGCAGGGCAGCGCCCACCUUCAAAGCUGCUGGAGGACCUCGUGCCACUCACACGCUGGACCUGGAGACUGAGGAGGAGAGGUCACGGGCAUGCGAGGAGCGCCUGGGGCUGCCUGGCCGUGAACUUCUGUUACAAGACAACAAAGACCUCAUGGAGUUUGCCCGGAUCCACCCUUCAAGCAGCUGCCCUGGAGACCUGCCUCCCCACCUCAUGAUGCAAGGGGGCCAGCUGGGCGGCGACCCAGCCCCCCACCCUCAUCCCGCCCACCCCCACUGGCUGCCCCGCACCCGAAGUCCCUCCUUGUGGAUGGGGGGACAUUCCUAUGGCCUCGGACACCCUGCCCUGCACCAGAAUCUACCCCCUGGCUUCCCAGCUUCUGUGCCCGGCUCCAUGCCUUCAGUGUUCCCCCUGCCCCAAGAUGCAGCCACGCAGUUGGUCAUCUUGCCCUCAGAACCCACUCCCCACACCACCCCUCACACACUCGCUGAAGUGAUGGACCAGGCCUCACUGUGGCCCCCCAUGUAUGGGGCCCGGGGCCCUGCCUCACACAUACAGCACCCUGGCCAGCUUCCUGUGUACUCCCGGUCCCAGCUGCUUCGGCAGCAAGAGCUGUAUGCACUGCAGCAGCAGCAGCAGCAGCAACAACAACAGCAGCAGCAACAGCAGCAGCAGCAGCAACAGCAGCAGCAACAGCAGCAGCAGCAGCGGGCCACGCAGGCCCUGGAACUACAGCGAGUCGCUCAGUUCCAGCGCAAGCCUGAAGAUCGCCAUGUGGAACUAGAGGAUGCUGCCCAGGAGAAGGCCCCAAAGUCCACCCACAAGCCAGUUGCCUUAACCCCCAUGGCCAAGGGCACCCCCUCAUCUGCCACCGCAGGCCUGGUCAAGCUCUCUCCCUGCUGCCAGUCACCCACUCUGAAGACCCCCGCGAGCUGCCCCACACCGCCACCUCGGCCCAGCGCCCCCUGCACUUUAUCCAUCUGCCCUAUUGGCAGCCCAGGGCCUGGCUCCAAGGUGCCUAGUACCAAGGACAAGAGUGAGGAGGGCCAGCGGGCUGGAACCGACCUUACCACGCUGGACCCAGAACUGCCUCCAGGAUUGACCCCCACAGCUGGCAUGGACUUCUCCCUCCCUUCAGACGUGCACUCCUCUGACCUUCCAGACCCCAAAACUAUGCAAACCACUACCCCAGGGACUCGGCCGGAGCCCACAAGGACGUUCCUACCUGGGGAGCCACCCCCCUGCAGCCCCAGGAACUUAGAAGAGCCUGGGCUGCUCUCAAGGACCAGGGAUGCCACCAAGGACCUUGCCAUCCUACCCCCUCCUAUUGAGGGGGGACUCCCACCAGGGAAGGCAGAAGACCCCAACCCACUCGAGGGGUUACAAGCACUGAAAUUUGGAGACCUCCUCGAGGGAGGGGGAACUGAGGCUACUGGCCAGACUAAUUCUACUCAGGGAGGGAUGCAAAAUGAGAGGACUGUGGAUCAGGGGGUACCACAGCCCCCUUUGGGGGCUACCCCUCAAGCACUGGAACAGGUAACAGGGAGCCCAGCUGCCCUGGACAAGGAUGAAGGUCCACCAAAGGUCCCCGAUGUGGCCCAGCUACAGGAGGAGGAAACCCAGCUGGAGGAGAGUGUUGGGGACUCGGAAGUGGACUGGGGGACUCCCAACCACAGCCACCCACCCAAAGCCCUGCCAGGCUUGGAUGUCUUGGUGGCUGCUACCGUGGACAUAGGGGACCUGCCUGACAUCAGCCUGCCAGACCCUCAGACCCCAGCAGCCUCUGUGCCUCUCAGCACAGCUUCUCUGCCCCAUAGCUCAGGGAUUCAUGGGAUUGCCCUGCUCAGUGAGCUGGCUGACCUGGAGAUCCAGCGGCAGAAGAGUGAGAUGACCAUCCAAGCAGAGGAUGAGGAUGUGCUGGCCUUCAACCUGCAACACCUGGCCACACUGGCCACAGCCUGGUCCCUAGUGGAGGCUGCUAGCCUGGACAGCUCAGUCACCUCACUGCAGGCCCCAGCCGCUGACCCAGACAGAGGCCCCAGGCUCACCCCUAGAAUGCAGAUCCUGCAGCGCAAGGACACCUGGGCCCCUAAAACCAAGCCUGUCUGUCCCCUGAAGGCUGCCAUCGAUCGGCUGGACACGCAGGAAGUGGAGAUGCGCGUGCAGCUGGCAGAGCUGCAGAGGCGCUACAAGGAGAAACAGCGGGAGCUGGCUCGCCUGCAGCGCAGGCAUGACCAUGAGAGAGAGGAGAGCUCACGGAGCCCGGCGCGGCGGGGGCCUGGUCGGCCACGAAAGCGCAAGUACUCAAGUUCGCUGCCCUCUCUGCGUCCCGGGGGCCAGCUUGCUCGAAGUGACGGCAAGAAAGCUAAGGUUGUUCGUGCCAGUUUAAGUCUGCUGUGUGCUGAGCUCCGAGGUGACGAGCCCCCAAGGAAGAGAAGCAAACUGGAAAAGAGUCCUUACACUGGCCUGCAGACGGUCUCGUCGGAGAAGGUGCAAUGCAAGAAGACCUGUGGCCAGGCCGAGUUGUCAUCCUCAGUGGCCCAUAAGGUGGCCCAGUUGAAGCCAAAGGUCAAGGGCAAGGGGCUGCCUGCCGGCCUCAGUGCCUUCCAGCGCAAAGAGGCUGCCCCAGGUAGCGGCUAUGACAGUGAGGACUGCCAGGCACUCCUGGCGACAGAGGCAGCACCCAGGGAGCCUGGACUGUUGUUGCACCCAGGAUCUGGUAUGGCAGUGUUGGGACCCUCACCUUCCUCUGUGGUCAAGAUGGAAGCCAACCAGAAGGCCAAGAAGAAAAAGGAGAGGCAGGGCUUGCUAGGGGCCUGCCGCCUGUCCAGCCCAGAAGGCGAGGUUAAGAUCAAGAGGCGAACAGUAAAGACCAAGGUGGGCCCCAAGCUGGAGCGGGCACCAGGGCGGCGGCCCCCGGGUGCACCAGGCAAGAAGAAAGCCAAGGGCAAGGCGAAAACUGGCCUUCAUACAGAGCCUGGGACGGCCACCAGCAGGGAUGCCCUUUUCAGCCCCACCCGGACCUUUGCCUGCCGAGAGGAGGGCAGCAAACUUGCCAGUGAACGCCUCAAGAGAGCCACGCGCAAGAGUGCCAUGCUGCAGCCAGUCCUGAGGCGGAAGAAUGGGGCCUUGUCCAUCGCCCUGUCAGCCCGCAAUGCCAAGGCCAUCCUGGGAAAGAGCAGAAAACUGACGAAGGUGAAAAGAGAGGCUGUCAACAAACAGGGCCAAGGCCGAGCCGUGAGCCGCCUGCUGGAGAGCUUCGCUGUGGAGGAUGACUUCGAGUUUGACGAUGACAGCAGCUUCUCAGAUGAGGAGGAGGAAGAGGAGGAAGCCAGCGUCCAGCUCAGUGCAGAGCAGAGUGCCGCCCUGGCACGGUCCUGCACCAUCCACAAGGAGGACCUGCAGGACGGACUGCCAGUGCUGAUUCCAAAGGAGGAUAGUCUGCUGUAUGCAGGCAGUGUCAGGACUCUGCAGCCCCCCGAUAUCUACAGCAUCAUCAUUGAGGGAGAGAGAGGCAACCGGCAGCGUAUCUACUCACUGGAACAGCUGCUGCAGGAGGCGGUUCUUGAUGUCCGGCCACAGUCCAGUCGGUACCUUCCACCUGGUACCCGGGUCUGUGCCUACUGGAGUCAGAAGUCCCGGUGCCUGUAUCCAGGCAACGUGGUUCGAGGUGCUUCUAGCGAUGAAGAAGACCUGGACUCUGUGGUGGUAGAAUUUGAUGACGGAGACACAGGCCACAUAGCUGUCUCCAACAUCAGGCUGCUGCCUCCGGACUUCAAGAUUCAGUGUACAGAGCCCUCGCCAGCCCUGUUGGUAUCCAGCAGCUGCCGGAGGACCAAAAAAGCAGCCAAUGAGGGCCACCCACCCAGCGAAGCCCCCACUCCCAGCCUGUCCCCUAAAGUGCAGGAUGGCCCUGAAACUUCUAAGACCCCUGGGAAGAAAUCUGGCAGCAAAGACAAAGCUGGCAAAGUCGACCUCCUAACCUCAGGUGCCAAGUCCCCCACGGGGGCCUCAGACCACUUCCUAGGCCGCAGAGGUAGCCCCCUGCUGAGCUGGUCAGCAGUGGCUCAGACCAAGCGGAAAGCGGUGGCUGCGGCGGCAGCAGCAGGUGGCAAAGGGCCAGGGGUCCUGCAGAACCUCUUCCAGCUCAACGGAAGCACCAAGAAGCUGCGGGCCCGGGACACCCUGUUUCCCAUGCAUAGCAUGGCUGCCCCUGUGUUUGGUAACAGCUUCCGAGCUGACUCCUUCAGCAGCCUGGCCAGUUCCUACACACCCUUCCUUGGAGGGGCUGGGGCAGGCCUUCCCGGAGGGGCCCACAAGCUGCUUCGGGCCAAGAAGGCUGAGCGGGCUGAAGUAGAAAAGGCUGGGAGGCGGCGGGCAGGCAGCGAGUUUCUGGUUAAGCUGGACCAUGAGGGUGUGACGUCUCCCAAGAACAAAAACUGCAAGGCCCUGCUCAUGAGCGACAAGGACUUUGGACCCAAGCUGGGGCGACCUCUGGCCAGCCCCAGUUAUGCACACCCGGCCCUCAUCGGCAAGGACAAGAAGGGGCGGGCACCCGUGCAUCCGCUACCCAUGGGACUGGCUCUGCGCAAGUACCCGCUGCCCUGUGAUAGUGACUGUCCCAGCUCCUACUCCGAUGAGGAUGAGGAUGGGCCGGGGCUAGCCGCCGGUGUUCCCUCCCGAUUCCUCACCCGCCUAUCCAUGUCGUCGUCGUCCUCUGGCUCGUCCACGUCCUCUUCCUCAGGCUCCGUGUCCACUUCCAGCCUCUGUUCCUCAGACAAUGAGGACUCCUCUUACAGCUCCGAUGACGAGGACCCCACCCUGCUGCUGCAGACCUGUCUCACCCGCCCUGUACCCGCCCUCCUGGCCCCACCAGAAGCCCUACGCUCUAAGGGUAGCAGCCCCCACGCCCACGCCCAGCGCUGCUUCCUGUCCAGAGCUGGAGUGGCAGGUGCAGGUGCUGGCCCCAGUGGUAGCAAAUCCAAGUUCAAGCGCAAGGAGGCCCUGAGCUUCUCCAAAGCCAAAGAGCUUUCUCGGAGGCAACGGCUACCCUCCGUAGAAAACCGGCCAAAGAUCUCAGCCUUCCUGCCUGCUCGCCAGCUCUGGAAGUGGUCAGGAAACCCCACACAGAGGCGAGGCAUGAAGGGGAAAGCCAGGAAACUAUUCUACAAGGCCAUCGUCCGAGGCAAGGAAACACUACACAUCGGCGACUGUGCAGUCUUCCUUUCGGCCGGACGGCCCAACCUGCCCUAUAUCGGCCGCAUUGAGAGCUUGUGGGAGUCAUGGGGCAGCAACAUGGUGGUGAAGGUCAAAUGGUUCUACCACCCCGAGGAGACCAAGCUGGGGAAGCGGCAGAGUGACGGGAAGAAUGCACUGUACCAGUCCUGUCACGAGGAUGAGAAUGAUGUACAGACCAUCUCCCACAAAUGCCAGGUGGUGGGCCGGGAGCAGUAUGAACAGUUAAUGCGGGGCCGAAAGUACCAGGACCAGCAGGACCUCUACUACUUGGCAGGCACCUAUGACCCUACUACUGGGCGCCUGGUGACAGCCGACGGCGUGCCCAUCCUGUGCUGAGCCGCCUCUGCCUCUGCCCACCCUCGCCCAUGGCUGCAGCCCAGAGGUCAGCCAGCCAGGAGCUGGUCUGAGCAAAUAUGCAACCCCACCCCCACCCGAAGGCGGGAUCAGGCUUCUCCUCGAAGUUCUCUGGAGAGAGCUCCUAGGAUGGACCCCCCCAGUCCCAUCCUAGCUGCUUCAGGGGGAGAGCCAGGCCAGGCCCAUGGGGACUGGCCGCUCUGCCACUGCACCGCAGUUCUGGAGAGAUUAGAAUCCAAGCCAUAUUUCCCUAGUACCUCCGACUGUCUCCCACCAGGGAAAGCAGAAAUCAGGUGUGUUGUCUAUUUAUUUCUCUAUGUAAAUAUUGUAUUUCUGUGGGCAAGUUUUAUGGGGGGAAAGUGGAAAAGGAUUUUCCCCACCUUUGCGACAAGGGUGGAUGCGUGACCAGGGUGUGUGUGUGUGUGUGUGUGUGUGUGUGUGUGUGUGUAGGAGUUUUGUCCUGGGGUUUUCUUUGGAAAUGCACUGUUCUCAGCCUAGUUGAAUUCCAACAGGGGCAUCUGUGACUGCAGAGGCUGCUGGAUUGGGGGCGAGGUCAAAGGCCGUGGGAUGGUCACAUGAGACCCAGUCAUACCCUCCAAUCUCUUGGAGGCCAACUGUGUGAAGGAAAUGGCCCUCCGGUUUAUUUCCUUUCAAUACAUCCCGUCCAUGAAAGUAUUGGGGUGGGGGUAGUGAUGGCGGUCCCCUGGAAGGACCGGGGUUCCAAUCACAAGAUGAAAACCAGGAUCAGCCCGCAGGCCAGUCCUGGCCUGCUCAUUCUCCAGCCCGGGAGUAUGGCAGUAGCAGCCACGUAUCUCUUACCUCUGUUUAAAACAAAACAAAUGAACAAAUAUUUUGAAAUAUCAAUAAGAAAAAUGGAUGUUUAGACUUUCUUUCCUGAAUAUUCCAAGUUAUUUCUGGUUUCCGUUUCCGUGGCCAGUUUGAUGCAGGGAGAGAAGCCUGGCCUCAUUCAAGCAGGGUGGAGCCGGCCCCAGCCCCUCUGUCCCCACCAGCUCUCAGUCCCUUCUUUAUUCUCUAGGGAAAUGGCUUCCUCCUCCCAGAGUGCAGGGCUUCCACAUGGUGCAGCUGGUCCAGGUCCCUGUCUGGGCCAGAAUUUGGGGCCCAUCUGGGGCUGGUCCACAGUUCUGCAUGAGUACCUUCUCACCACUAAGAUGCACCCCCCCCCUUUCCCACCAGACACUUUCCCCAGGGCCCCACCACCUCUGGAUAACCUCAAGUGUGGAUGGUGAUGAGUCUGAGCCAGAGGUUCUGGAGUCAGAACAGUAGAAAGGCAGGUGCUGUUGACCCAAAGGGGGGGUCCCAUCUGGUUCCUCUCGUGUCAACCCAGACCCUGAUCCUGAGGCCCCUCAGCCCACCCCACUUCCAGUUUCUGGACCUUUUUUAUAGCCACUCAGCAGGGCAGAUAGCAUGGCAGGCUCAUGCACAGAGUAGACAAGGGUCCCUUCCGGCCUCUUGUACACACAUCCUGACCCCAAGUCCCAGGAAAGCCCAGCAGUCCUCACUUCUCCCAUGAUGGAAAGAGCAGGCUAGACUCAUGGACCAAAAGCCUCUGUCCUCAAAAAUGCCUCGUGGCACACAUGCUCCCUGGUGUCCCACUAGGCCAAGGCUUCCCAGGAAGCAGGAAGUAUUGAUGGGCACCUAACCCUAACAGGGAACCCUCAGCCUUUCUUCCUCUGCUCAGGCCCACCAGGAGUCUGUCCCAAUCCCAGGGACUCUAUUUUUCUCACUAGUUGCUCAAAGGGUCACUCUUGGUGGCCCACAGGAUAACCAAGUGUGCCCGUUCCUGGCUGUCGCACCACCCUGAGGGUUUCUGUUCUCCACAUGAGUGCAAUAUUUCAUUCCUGGUGGUUGUACGAAGAGACGACCACCAAGGUCCUGCUCACAGCCAGGGAAUCAGAAAGACGGUGACUUAAGAAUGGAGAGCUAAGGCUGGUACUAGGAAGGCUGCCCAGAACCCCAGUACCCAGGAGCCCCGGAGCUAGUAGAAAAGGCUGUUUGUCCUGUGUGCCGCCGUCUCCGCGUUUCUUCUGUCCUCUGCUGAGCUGUCCUCUUUAUCUUUAGUUCCCCCCCCGCCCCUUUCCUUUCUCUCUGUGUGUACACGCAAAUGGCGUGACCCCUCUUCCCCCACUGUGGCUAACGUGGUAAAAAGCACGGUUCUUGUAAAUGUGUAAACUAGGAAGCUGGUUGGAUUUUUUUUCCAAUGUAAACAUUAAAUACAAAACGAAACAAAAAACACAAAAGGUUUUAUGAACAGCAGACUCUAUGUAAAGGCAUUUUACUAUUAAAUUUUUUAUUGAUAACUUGCUUAAGAAUAAAUAUAUGACUAUUGUACAGGUG